ACUACGAACGCCCUUUUAGCAUCUUACAGGUCGCCCAUCAACCAUAACAACGAUCGAUCGUUCAAAACAAGCGCUGUUUCUCCUCCUACCAUGCGUCGGUGUGAUAAGAGAGCAUAGAACCACAGCCGCCGAACGAUAAUCGCGCCUUUUCCCCCUCAACAACAGCUUUGUUGCUUCGUCCUCUCUUUUUAUAAAAUACGACGCGUUCAUCUACAUAUCCUGCAUAUCUUACCACAUCGCAGCAGAGACCCUUUGCGUGAAUCUUUGUAUUAAGCAUCGUUUUCGUUUCACUGCUGUACUCUACCUUCGCUCCACCUCCUUCGCUUUAUCGACCAUUUUAGUCAAAGAUGUCUUCGGAAUCUCCUGUCGCUGCUCGUGUCGACAAUCGCCUCUGUGUCGCGGAUCCCAACAGCGACUACAGCCAGUAUCUAAGGCAGCAGCAGCACCGUCGGUCCUCAAAUUCGCAAGAGAUGAUUCAGUCCGACCCGCCUGCUGCCCGAGAUGGACUGCGUCGCCAAUCACAGGCCUUUUAUUCAACACAACUCCCUCUUUCGUCGUCCGACAACACCUCUCAGUCAAGCAGAACCUCCUCUAACAGCUCAUCCGCCAGCUCCACCAGCUCAUCUCACGAGCCCUCGCUAGAGCCGACCAGAUACACCUUGUCAGACAAUCCUGUUCAACUCCCACCUCCAAGGCAGCCUGUCCAUAGGUCAAAGCUCUCAAAGCAGUAUACUCCAUCCGAUUCCGAAGAUAGCGACAACGAGCCGCUGGGACUCUCUGCUCAACAGACCUCACGUCGUUCCAGAUAUUUGUCUGGCCAGGCCAUCGAUUUGAAUAGCACUGCGGCCACGGAAGUUCCACGAGCCCUUUCAAGACUCGAUUUGAACCACAGCACUACAAAAUCAUCCGCGACUGUUUCGAGCGGUGGCAACACUACCUCCCUAGAUUCUGCUACAAAAAAAGUCUCCAUUGCCAGACGAAUAUCGCGUCUCUUUAGUAGCGGAUCCAAAAGCUCUAAAAGCUCUUCCACUGCAGUUUCGACACCUGCGGCCACUCCUACCGCCUCGAACUCUACUUCUAAGAAGGGCCAGAAAAGGUCAUCAGUAGCUCCAAGGCUCUCGAAGCCCCCUUUGGAGGUCAUUGAUGAGCCAGAAAGACAGGACCUGGAAUCACCCGGCGGCUUCUCUCACCAGAGCCCUUUAUCGACACCAGAGCCCUGUAAGUUUGGAUCGAAUAACAGCAGCAGCGACGCCUUGGUCACAGGCCUCGCCAACCCUAUUCGCAACUCAACAGUACUAAACGGUCGUGAUCGCAAGACAAGAGACAGCGGGUUUGAGGAUAUGGAGGCACAGGCACAUCGCCGUUACUCCUCGGCCAUAAUCUCCACGUCAAUGUUAAGCGCGGCGACAGUGAAGGAUGAUCACUCUCGACCGAGACGAACAACUUUGGCAGACGGUUCUGUCCACGAUCUCCCACCACAUCUUGUUGGUGCAUCAGCAAGAAGGAGCAGCACUCCAGUCUUUACAGAAACACUUGUGUCCAAAAUCGAUCGAGAGAAAUCGACUGUUUGUUUCCAGGCGCCAACGCCUAGACGGGAUUCACAUUCGCGAGACCCCAAUCUGGUGCAGCAACAUCGUCGAGAUUACCUGCUCAAUACGCGCCUAGGAGGUACGGGUUAUGUCCCACAGUUUAUUCAACAGCAGCAGCUGCACAGCUCACCGCUGUUGAUGGAUUCCCAGCUGCCCACCGGCCAAGAUUCGAUCCCCAGAAGGGACUCCAACAGCUCAAUGCAGAGCCAUUCUCCGCGUCAUUAUCCUGUCAAUACGGGUCUUGUGACACCAGAUACACCGGGGCUGUAUCCGAUGGAGUCGGACUCUCGACGACACUCUGGCAGUCAUCAACAACAGGCCCAUCCAUACCCUAUGGGACACAAGUCUACAUUUUCCGGAAGCCAUGGUAACUUGCUCUAUGGUACCACUAAUUCGUCUGUGAAGCAGACGCAACCACAGCAGCAACCAUCGCCCCAGCUCACGCCACAAGGUACAUACCGCGGUAGUCAGGCACGAUGUCGCACAUCUCCCAAACGACUUUCCAGUGCCAGCUAUUUUAACUUUCCCUAUCAGCAGCAAGGGUAUGCGCAAUCAACUGCUAACGCCUCUCCGUACCCAAGUCCAGUCCUCGGUGCAACCGCUACGUGUAUGGGAUACACCUCAGAGCUUUCUGCCGCCCUGCAACAUCAGCAAAAUCAACAGCAGCAAGUCCAGCUUCAAAUCCAACAGCAACAGCUGCAGCAAUUGCAGCAGCACCAGCACCAGCACCAGCAAUAUUAUCAGGCGAUCUCGCCUAUUGCUAUUUUACAACAUCCUAGUGCACAGCAGCUGCAGCUGCAACAGAAUCAGCAGCAACUUGAGCAAUUGCAGCAGAUCCGUAUCCAGCAGCAGCAAAUUUUGAUUCAACAGCAGCAGCAAUUACAGCAGCAACUGGAGCAGGCCCGUGCUGCAGUCGCGGCCACCACCGCUGCUACCUCGGAGCCAUCCUCUGCAGAUGCUACCUCAUCUACAAUCCCACUUUCGCAACAGCAGCAACAGUUGAUGAUCAACGCCCUUCCUUUGCACUUCGCGCUCCCCACCGCUCCCGUGCUCACGACCGCUAUGGGCGUCGGGAUGGGCAUGGGCAUGAACCCAUCGACUAUGAACAUGAACAUGAAUAUGAUGGGCAUGGGCAUGGGCGUUCCUCAUAUGGGGGUGCCUGGAUUGAGCGGAGCAGGUUAUGGACAAGUCGCGGCGGCAGCACCGCAGCUGAUGAUGACCCCACAGUUGACACCGCAGCUGAUGGCAUAUUCGACAGCACCGCUUUAUGCUUAUCAGCAGAAGCAGCAGCAACAGCAAGAACAACAGGAGCAGCAAGAACAGCAAGAACAGCAAGAGCAGCAAGAACAACAGGAGCAGCACGCAGAAAGUGCAGGUGCUAGUGUGGCCAUAGCUUCCAAUGCUCCUGUUGUUGUGGGCGGUAGUGCAGCUGCUUAGGAGUGAAGUAAGGUGGCCAAAGAGGAGCGCUCAUGAGGAAAACGAAAAUAGCAAGCGAUUCCUCUUGUAACAUAGCAUCAUAAAAAAUAAAAAAAUAAAAAAAAGUCUGCCCCUAUAUCAAC